AUGGCCGCUGCAAGGGAGAUUUUUGGAUUCGACGAUAACAAAUAUCUCCCGCUUUACCACACCCCAUUUAAGGAAACGACCGAGAUAACCAUAACCACGGAAGGUGACGGGACCCCUGUACAGAAAAAGGUUAUUAAACGCGAACGAAAUACGGUCCGGUUCCCAGACCGCGUCGAGGAGGUCUACCACCUGCUUUCGCUCAUUUUCGAUCACCAGUGGGACACCGGGCCGGAUGGCGUGGCCCUCAAAAUGCGUUUUUCGCCACGCCUGCGGCUGGAGGGCUUUGACUUUAUAGACCUGGCCGCAUAUGCCGAACAAAUCCACCCAAAGUUCUUGGAGCUCAAAGCCACGGGGAAAGGAUGGGUGGACUUUGUGAAAGCACCAACGAUUUUCCUUUCAAUUUUCGAAUCUAAAGUCGCGCCUCCCCGACUUCGCAGUCCUGACAAGCUUCCCGAAGAUGGGGCGGUGGUUUUUGGCCGCAGCGGCAUCCUGAAGCUCUAUUGGCCUAACGCCCCGGAAAUGACGCCCACAGUCGACGAGCAGGAGGAGUAG